CCCAUCCACUCCUUUUGAGGGCAAAAGGCUGUUUUCGGUGUGGACUUCGGCGCCUGCGGACACCCGCCAUGGCAGGAGCAGAAUGGGGGUCGCUGGAGGAGUGCUUGGAGAAGAACCUACCACCCGCAGAAUUGCGGGAGGUGAAACGCCUUCUCUAUGGCAAGGAGACCAGGAAGCUGGAGCUGCCCAGCAGGGCUUUCGAUGCUGCCUUGGAAGGGGACUUCGAGCUGCAGGGAUACGCCUUUGAGGCAGCAGAGGAACAGCUGAGGCGCCCCCGGACUGUGCGUGUGGGGCUUGUUCAGAACCAAAUUCCCCUCCCUGCAGAUGCCCCUGUGGCAAAACAGGUCUCUGCCAUUCACAGACGCAUAGAGGCCAUUGUAGAGGUGGCUGCAAUGUGUGGAGUGAACAUUGUCUGCUUCCAGGAAGCAUGGACCAUGCCCUUUGCUUUCUGUACAAGAGAGAAGCUUCCAUGGACGGAAUUUGCUGAGUCAGCAGAGGUUGGUCCCACCACUAGGUUCUGUCAGAAGUUGGCAAAGAAGCAUGACAUGGUGGUGGUGUCGCCCAUCCUGGAACGAGAUGAAGAACAUGGGGACGUCUUGUGGAAUACGGCGGUGGUGAUCUCCAACUCUGGAGCCGUCUUGGGGAAGACCAGGAAAAACCACAUCCCCAGAGUGGGUGAUUUCAAUGAGUCAACUUACUACAUGGAGGGAAACCUGGGCCACCCUGUGUUCCAGACUCAAUUCGGGAGGAUUGCAGUGAACAUUUGCUAUGGGCGACACCACCCUCUCAACUGGCUUAUGUAUAGCAUCAACGGGGCUGAGAUCAUCUUCAACCCCUCAGCCACCAUCGGCGCACUCAGUGAAUCUCUAUGGCCCAUUGAGGCCAGAAACGCAGCCAUUGCCAAUCACUGCUUCACCUGUGCCAUCAACCGAGUGGGGGAGGAGCUUUUCCCAAAUGAGUUUACCUCUGGAGAUGGAAAGAAAGCUCACCAGGACUUCGGCUACUUUUAUGGCUCAAGCUAUGUAGCAGCCCCCGACAGCAGCCGCACUCCCGGGCUCCCCCGCAAUAGGGACGGUUUGCUGGUUGCUGAACUCAACCUCAACCUCUGCCGACAGAUGAAUGAUAUCUGGAACUUCAAGAUGACUGGCAGAUAUGAGAUGUAUGCCCAGGAGCUUGCUGAAGCUGUCAAACCAAACUACAGCCCCAAUAUUGUGAAAGAGUAGCUUCCCAGCAAGAGAGGCACGCGUACCCCAGCAGGGGAGCACAUGCAACCGACUUGACAACUCCAAGCUCUCUCCCUAAUGGUGCCCUGGUAAUCUUGAUUGUUUUAAACAUGCCCAGGCAGAGAGGGUAGACUGAUGAGUGACUGCUUAGUGGGUAUAAAGCGCUCUUCUAGGCUAACGAAACUGCCUGCAUAGAGGUGAUGAUUCCCCAAACAUAGUUAACAUACCAAAUGCUACUGAACUAUAUACUUGAAAAUGACUGCUUGCAUUGUUACGUGAAUCUAGUUAAUAGUGAAGGUUAAUUUGUAGUUAGACACAUGGGACACCCUCCUUGUAAGACUCCACUUCCCUGUUGAGACCAUCAGCAGUUUGAGGGUCACCAUGUGAGUAUGUGUUGGUUUGAGAGGCGAGGCUGGCCCAGGGUCACUGCACCUGCCAGAUGGCUGUGGCAGAGGGGGCCAUCUGUGUCCACUUGUGAGACCACAGUAGUUAUUUCAUCAAAUGCUAACCUGGGUGUUGCUGCAAAGAUAUUUUAUAGGUUUGAUUAUAAGUCCAUACCCAGCUAAUUAAGCAAGUGACAUUAUCCCAGAUAAUCCAGAUAGGCCUGAUUUAGUCAACUUAAGACUUAAGAGCAAGCCUGAGGCUUCCUCAUGAAGAAGAAACUUCUGCCUGCACACAGCAGCUUCCACCAUUGCCUGGGGCUUCCAGUUUUCCAUUCCUUCACUCCCUGCCUUAUAGAUUUCAGACUUGUAUUUCCAACUUUCACAAUCACUUAUGUUGAUUCCUUAUAAUAAAUCUCUUGAUAUAUAUAUCCAACUGAUUUUACUUCUGAUUGGACCCUGACUGAUACAG